UCCACCCGGCAUGCAAAGAGCAGGGGUGAACCGACGUUCGAGUACACGACACAUAAAGCAAACCGGAGACACUACCAAAGAAUCGUAACCGAGUUUCAUGGAAGACCAGCAGGCUGCAGCAAUAGAGAGUUUGCAGAUCCAUGGCCAUGGAAAGGUUCCUGACGGCGCUCAUCUUGUGCGAGGCGCCCCUCGACGUCUACGGCAUUUCGACGUCGGUGCUCACCGCCGGGCCAACCAAGCAUCUGGUCUCCGACGGGGAGAGAAAGCCGAUGGCAAACAAGGCGGACCCCCAGAAGGAGCAGGGUUCUCGGCGUGCUGGGUUUGAGCUGGCGUUCGACGGCGGAUACUGCUUCGACACAGUCGUCGUGCGCUAAGCAUGCUCUGGUUGAUUAAUUAGGAACGUAUGUGUGUUGUGUGAUUGCAUUCAUUACUAUGAAGCACUAGAGAUAAUGCAAGCACUAGU